AACUGCAUAAUACUCUUACUCUCUUUUCUCUCCCCUGAAAAACGGUUAUACAUUCUAACGGUAACUUGCGAUUCAUCUAACUUCUUCUUCUCUCCCAUUCACAUUUCACCAUCUCCGCUGAUCAAAUCACAACGCAACAACACUACUUGCUUUCAGUUCUUCAAAUUAGGAAACAGAUUUCUUUUGUAUUUCUUAUGUGAAAAGAAAUGGACAAGGUUUGUGAAGUGCUAGAUGAAGCUAAAGUUGAGAUUGAGAAACUCAAAGCAGAAUUAAGAGCAAAAACAGAUUCACUUGAGAAUUUGAAGAGGUCCCUCAAUGCACAGGUCAAUCAAACACAAGAAGCAAAAAUAAAAUCUGAGAAGUUGGAUCAGGAACUGCUUCAAAAGGCGUACGAAAUCGCAGAGACGAAGAGUUUGUACAAAGAUCUCAAAGGGAAUUUGAAAGAACAAGACUCCAUCAUCAAACAUCUCAAUGCUGCAAAUGAUAAAAUUCGAGCGGAUUUCAAUGAAAAGAUUAAAAAGUUUGAAGAUGAGAAAAGAGGGUUGGUAUUGGCCUUAGAGGAAGCAAAUGACAAGGCAGAGAAUCAAGAACAACAGAUUUGUGAAUACAGAAAAGAAAUCGAAAGCCUGAAAAGUUGUCUCUCGGUUUCGAAGAAGAAGGGUUUGCAAACAGAAAUGAAAUUGAAAUUAUCGAAAGAACUAAGUGAAAGAGAUGACAUGUUUCAGAAGUUGGAGGAGGAAAAAGUGAAGUUGGAAGAUCAAUUAAAAUGGAAGAAGGAACAGUUUAAACAUCUCGAGGAAGCGUAUGAAAAACUUAAAGGCCAAUUGAAGUCUAGCAAGAAGGAGUGGGAGAUGGAAAAAUCUACAUUGCUUGAUGAGAUUUCUUCACUUCAAACUAAACUAGACUCUCAGAUCAGAAUAUCUGAAGAUCUUCAACACCAGUUACAGACUUGUCACCAAGCUCUUGCUCAUGUAGAAAGUCAGAAAAAGCGACUUGAAAUUGAAGUUUCAGAUUUUAGGCUGCAGCUUGAUAGUGCCAGUAGUGAGUACCAGGGUGCUAGACUACAGCUCGAUUGCGACCGCGACAAAGAUAUUGCAGAGUUGAGAUAUUCUCUGAAAACAAAAGAGGCAUGUAUUAAAGAAGCAAAGUAUCAAACUGAGAAGCUAGAGCAAGAAAAUCAAGAGUUAAGGAUGUCACUCAAAGAAUUACAGGAAGCUCAAAUUCAAGAAGCAGGGGCUUCAUAUUCGCAGUCGAAGUUGAGGACCAAACUCAGAAAUUUAGAACAAACACAUAAAGAGUGUGCCUUGACUCUUAAGGCUAGAGAAGCCGAAUGGAACUCUCAGAUAGAACAAUUGACUGGAGACCUUAAUAGCUGUCAGUCUGAGUUGGAAGCUAAAAUUACAGCAUUGGAAGAGCUUCAAAUGGAGUUGGAAACGUCUCAUUCGAUAACUGUUGAGAUGAGGUUUUUGAAUGAGGAAAUGUAUGUGAUGCAGCUAGUGUUGAAACAAGGAAUUUCUGAGGCUCAAUUAAAGCUUGCCAAUUAUAAAGAUGAGAUGGAUCUAAUCAACAAAGAAAAAGAAGGGAAGAUUUUUCAAUUGAUGAAGCAGUUGGAGAUGAGAGAUGAUGCUUUGAUCAGUGCUCAAAAAGAAUUAACUGAAGAAUGCGAGAAAGCAGCGUGUUUGAUGAGUAAGAUGAGGGAGAUUGAGUCCUAUGGAUCCAACAAAGAACUGCAGCACUCACUGCAAAAUGAACUGGAUAGGUACAAGGAAAUGCUGGAGGAAUCAACUAACUGUCAGCAGAUCCUCGAAGAGAAGCUUUUGCAGAUGAAAUCUGAUUCAAAGGAACAAUUUAGAGAAACACAUGAAGCCUUAGACAUUGCCAUCAAUGAAUUGGAUGAGAAAAUUGGUGAAAGAAGCGAAAUGGAAUUUGAAUUGCAAAUAUGGAAAUCGAUUGUUGAACGUUUGAAGAAUGAUCUCGAAGAAAGUCAUUUGACGCGUAAAGAACUAGAAGCUUCACUUCUCGCACAAGUAGAUGUUGGUGAAAGCCUCAAGCAAGAGGUGGUUUUGUUGGAACAAGAAUCAAUUAGAAGAGAAUUGGAGAGUAUUGUGAUUGCAAAUGGUACAGUGGAAAGAAAACUCAAAAUGGAGAAUGAAAAUUUAGUUGAAAAUGUAACAAAACUGUCAUUGGAAAAGGAAAACUUGUUGGCUUUUGUUCAAGGGUUAUUUGAUAGAAUCUCUGAGUUCUCUAUUGCAGACACUCAACUAAUGGACAUGUUGAGAAGCAUGGAGCAAUCUUUUGAGAUUAAUUGUACUGGAAUGAACAUGAAAAAGGGUGAUGAAAGCUUUUUCGAUGUAAAAGAGAAUAUGAUAAUUCAAGUUUCUCCUACUAGUAGGAUAAAGAAAGUUGAAGCAAUUUCUGAUAUAAGAUCACCAUUCAAGGAGCUGAAUAGUUGCUAGAGGAAUAAUAAGAUUAGGAUUUGUGCAAGAAAAAGUCAUGUAGUUUUUAAGCAUGACCAUUUUUUCUUUGGUUUGUAUAUGGAUUUCAUUUGUAUCCUACGUAUAGUUCUUUUUCAAUGAUGUUGUUCCACAAAAUACUAUAAAUUUGAGGAAAGUCCGUUGUUCUUAUUAGAUUGAUAAGAAUUGGUUUACUUUCUGUUGAAUUCAUUUAAAAAUUAAAAAUAUUGAGAGAAA